CAUAUAAAUAAUUUCUCUCUGAUCCUCUUCACUCUCUCUCUCUCUCUCUCUCACUCACACUUUACACUAAUUAUUAUAACCUUCACUCUUUCAUUCUCCUUCUUCAAUUCAUUCUGAGCCAUUCUCACUUUGAGAGUGAUUCAGAUUCGAUGACGAUAAUCAAAAUUCCCUCAUCCAAAUGGUCUCAGACUGAGAAAGAAGUCGCUCAAAUCAUUCGUGAUUUGCACCGUGUCUCUUUGUUCAGUAGUGUCCCAUUCAGUUGGAGAUGCAGAAGAAAGAGAUCCAUUCCGAAACACCGCCACCGUCGCGUUAAUGCCGCCGCCGCCGUCAUUCUCCGUCCAGCUAAAGCUACCAGUCCUGCAACGCCUCUUUCGUUUCCGGCUACUGAAUCUGAUGAUAAGCUCAAACGUUCAAAGAAGAAAAUUUCUCUCAAAAAGGAAAAAGAAGCAUCGCUUAAAAUUAUUCAAGAUUUAACGAACACCCAAGCUUCAAUCAAUCAAGAGAUAGAGAAUGUGAAAAAUCACUACGAUCAGCUGAAGAGUUUUAAUUUGAAGCUGAAACUGAGGAAGCAAGAGCUACUAUGUGGUGCUAGUACUAGUAGUGACCUCAACAGUAAAGUGAAAAGCCCCAAUUUGGAAAUUGGAAAGAAUGAUCGAGCCAUUGGUUUAGUCAACAGUUCAACAAAAUCAAGGGCUGAAAAUGAAGAACAGAAGAAGCAGGAGCAACAGCAUCAUCAGAAUCAGAAUAAUGGGCCUUCUUCUUCAGUUGGAUUGGGCCGUAACCGAGGCCCAAUAGAUAUUCCUGAUCUGAAUUUACCAUCGGAAGAUUUUAUCGAGGGGGUGUGUUUUCAACCGUUGGAUGAAAGUAGAAGAAAUAGGUGACAGAUGAAUGUUGAUGUUUAUUUUGUUUCAUUUUCAUCUCUGUUUGAGAUGUGUAUACUGGUGGUACAUUGAUUGGUGGGAAAGGAAAUUCUUUUUGUGAUGGAUGUAAUUAAAAAAACUCUGUUGAGUUUGUUCAAGUUUUAGGGAUGAUUAGUCCACGAAAUAUUUUUGGAAAAAAUAUCUUUAAAUAUUAAA